UUGAUGAGGUUGAUCGCUCAAGACGUUUCAGAGAGCGUCCAAAGUGCCCUCUCCAGUCCCGAGGGCAUAAUUCAGCGCCUCACUCCUCCCAGCAGACUCAACGACAUGAUUCUGCACGCCUGUAAAAUGUGCAAGGUGUUCAUCGGGAAGAUGAAGUCUGUGUUCUCACCUCGACCACGCAAACAGAGGACCACCUCCGAAGAAUCGGAUACGGAACCAGAACCCUCAGACGCUGAUGACCGCCUUCCGGGGACGCAUUCAUCAGAUGUUGUGAUUGCGAUCAAAGACAUCAUCUUUAUCAUCAGGACGAAGUUGAACGAUAUCACCGAACCUCUCUUGGAUGUCGUACCAGACACUGAGUAUACGCUGGUGCAGUCUCAAAGCUCUCGGGAGAUUGAAGACGUUGCAGUAGACAUUACUCGGAGCAUUGCUGAAGAUGCUGCAGGCCUGACUCCAUCGAAACAGAAGAGCAAACAGUUUAAGAACAGCAUCGGAAGCAGAAUCAAGAGGCUUUUGGUAAAGUGCUUUGCCAAUACCACCGGGACUCUGAAGUUCACAGCAGGGAGUCAGCGAAGUCUCUUACGAAGAAGAUUAACCAUCUGUUAAAAGACAACCGUGAUCUUCUGGGACUUGUUGAUCCACACAUGGGCAUUCCCAGUGAUCGAGUCUUGGAGUUCACAAAGCUCUUAAGUGAUCUCCUCUACAGACACAUCGUAGAUGGGCCAGAGAUCCUCCCGGCUUCAAUCCAAGAGCCGGUAAAACAUGCUGGCAUGCUUGCUGACUUGCAGAGGAAGGUCUUCGGUUUCCUGUCACUGACCAGAUGGUGGCAGAUCUUUAAGGCCGGUGACCUCGCUGACAAGACGAGAGACGUUAUACUGGGCACUGAGUCCCAACCUUUGGGAGAUGCUAUACUGGGCACUGAGUCCCAACCUUUGGCAAUUCCUGCACAGCCUGGCCCAGUAUGUGUGAUGAAAAGUCGUGAUGACUCUCCACGUGCAGCGAGGAAAGAAAAUAACAGAAUCUGCGUUGAGACGUUCUUGGAGACGCUGGUUAUGAGGAUCUUCAAGAAGGCAAAAGUUACCUGGACCAUUUCAAACGUCCAGGACAUCAUCCAGCGCCUUCUUGAGAGAACGUUGGCCGAAGUCGAAGGUGUAGACUUUGAAUGCGGACCAGAAACAUUCCGAGACCUCGAAAAGACC